AUGAACGUGACGGACGAAUUCAUCCUCGAACACGCCCAGCGGUACCUGCGCCUCGUCGCUGCGUACAGGCCUCCUCCUGCUCCCGCCUCAACGGAGAGUGGCGAGACCAAGGACGAUGCCGGCAUUGUCAUCGUGACGCGGCUGCGGCCCAUGCUGGGCGACGAGCUGUCUUCGGGCAUGGUGCCUGGCCUCUUCCCUCGCGAGCACACGACGGGCCAUGUCGACCUUCACGAGCUGAGGCGGCCGGUCAGGGGAUUGCCGGGUCUGAAUUCCUUCAACUACCGCGUCGACAAGUUCUACGGCGUUGACACGUCUUCCGAGGACAUCUACCACGACCUGGUCCACCCCCUCGUGGCCUGGGCCUGGGGCGGCGGCGUCAGCACCGUCUUCGCCUACGGCCAGACGGGCUCCGGCAAGACGUACACCGUCAGCGCCCUCGAGCGCCUCGUCGCUGAGACGCUGACGGCGGGCACGCUGGAGGGCCGGCGCGAGAUGCACGUCUCCAUCGUUGAGCUCGCCGGCAACGCCGCCGCCGACCUCCUCAACGCCCGCAAGCCCGUCUCCGUCCUCGAGGACUCGUUCGGCGCGACCCACCUCGCCGGCGCCGCCGAGCACCCCGUCACCGACCUCGCCGCGCUCCUCGCCCACGUCGACGCCGCCGCCCGCUUUCGCCGCACCGCCUCCACCACCAAGAACGACGCGUCGUCGCGCUCCCACGCCAUCUGCCGCCUGCGCCUCGCCAACCCGGCCCUACCCGACGCCGACGAUGGCCUGCUCUACCUCGUCGACCUCGCCGGCUCCGAGGCCGCCCGUGACGUCGCCACCCACGGCGCCGACCGCAUGCGCGAGACGCGCGAGAUCAACGUCAGCCUGUCCGUCCUCAAGGACUGCAUCCGCGGUCGCGCCGCCGCCGACCACGUCACUGCCGCCGCCGCCGCCGGCCAGAAAAAGACAAAGCCGCCCUACGUGCCCUUUCGCCAGAGCGCCCUGACCAAGGUCCUCAAGCACGUCUUUGACCCUGCCGCCUCGCGCGCCUGCCGCACCGUCGUCGUCGCCUGCGUCAACCCCUGCCUCGCCGACGUCGGCGCCAGCAAGAACACGCUGCGCUACGCCGAGAUGCUGCGGGUCGUCGCGCCUGCAGCCCCGGCUGUGCCGUUUGAUGCUGGCAAGCCGGCGACGUGGUCGAACGAGCAGCUUCGGGCGUGGGUCGGGAAGAAUUCCGGCACACCGCCCGUCGUCCCGCAGCUCCUCGCCCCCUCCGAGUCGGGCGCGCAGCUCCUCCGCCUGCCCGUCCCCGAGUUCCUCACGCGCUGCCUCCGCAGCCCCGGCGUGACCGACGACCAGGCCCGCGCCUUCCAGGCCAAGUUCUGGCGCCUCCACGUCGACUCGCAGCGCGCCACGGCCGCACCCGUCGAUACCAAGGCCGCCGCGGCCCCUGAAAAGAUGGGCAUGUCGAGCGCCGACCCGCGGCCCGACAUGGCGGGCGUGCCGUUCGCCGAGCGCAUACGCCCCGGCCUCGUCGUCGCGUUUGAUCCCCCCGCCGACAUGCCCAUGCCGCUGCCGGGGCGCAACCUCGCCGUCGUGCUGGGCGCCGACGGCGGGCAGGCGCAGGGGCGGUACACCUGCGCCCGGGUGACGCCUGGAUUCAUGCCCAACGCGUUCGAGGUCAAUUUGUGGCGGCAGGUUGUCGUGCCCGUCGAGCGCAUGGUGGCCGAGGUGCUGCUCGAGUAUGAUGUUGCGACGCGGUAUUACUAUGAAACGCUGUAG